CCGUAUGCACUUUCAGUACCGUCGAUUUUGUGUGCUCGUAGGUACGUACCUACUGUAAUAAUUUAUUGCCAGCUCUAUUUCUCCGUUAAUGGGUCAAAAAUUGUUCGAUUCAAUAAAAACCGGCGGAAGUGUGCAACACUCGUGGAGUGGUAGAAUUAAUUGGUAAAGGUCGAUUUCACUAGUCAUGUUUAAAUAUCUACAGAUAACAGUUAACCCUUGGUGUACAAUUCGCAGUCGUAUGUUAUAGUUACACGACCUGAAUAACAGUUAUUUGGCCAUGACGGAAUGUCAAGUUGAAUAUUUUCAACAAUUACGACUAAUUUAUUGGUACGCUGUGGCAACUUGUUAACCACACGGUUUACACGGAAUACGAACACCAACCUGAUAUAAUUUAGCAUUAUUUUAUAUUAUCUGUUAUCUGUAUUGUUUAUAAUAUAAUAUCGUGGUUUAUGUUUAUCCUUGGGGCUUAUAGGUACUAUAUAGGUAGGUCUAUCGGUCGGCGGCUGGCGAGUGGCGACUGGCGAUGCAAUUUACACAAAUAGGUUUAAGUGUUAAACGUUAUUUAGGUAUUUCCAGAACGCAUUCCCGUAGUUUUGUUGACGUUUUUCAGUACCUACCGGACAACCAGUGGCUUCCGUAGCGUGUCAUCAAUUGUAUUGUAUGUUUAUACUUGACAAUUAGCACGUUUGUAUUUUAAUUUCAAAAUUCACAGUGUAACGGAAAAAUACGGAAUAUGGCUGAGAAAGAGCCUGUUCAUCAGUCAGGCAAAUCACCAAAAGUUGCAAAUAAAGAACUGAAUGAAACUGAAGAAGCUAUUGCAAUAAUGCGAUUAGAUGAUAAACAUUAUUUAGCUAAUAAAUGGACACUUUGGUUCUAUGAAAAAAAGAGUCAAUAUUGGGAAGAAAAUUUACAUAAAAUGUCUAGUUUUGAUACAGUUGAAGAUUUUUGGUGUCAUAAACAUUUUAGCGUGUUCAAUCACAUUAAAAGUCCAAGUCAACUUGCAAAGCAUAGUCAUUACAGCUAUUUUAAGUAUGGAAUCAAACCUAAUUGGGAUGAUGCAAAAAAUAGUGCUGGUGGGCGUUGGUUAUUACAGUUACCCCCAGUAAAAAAAUGCACUCUUGUUGAUGAAUAUUGGAGACAAAUAAUGAUGAGUAUAGUUGGUGAAGUGUAUGAGAGUUCUGAAAUUAAUGGCGCUAUAGUUAGUGUACAUAGCCUAGGAACUAAAAUAUCAGUAUGGACAAACAAUGCAUCUAAAAAGAAUGGGAAUAACAUUAUAGCUAUUGGAAAGAAAAUUAAAGAAGUUUUGGGUGCAAGACAUAAAAAUUUGUAUUAUGAGGCUCACACAGAUACAGCAAACAAACGAGGAUCAUGUUCAAAACACUUAUUUAUGAUAUAAAUUUUCUAAGUGGAAAAAGAAAUGUUUUAAAAUUUUUAAAAAUAAAAUGCAUUUAAACUGAACAU